AUGGAUAGAUAUCAAAGGAAGAUAGGAUGUUUCAUACAGAUACCCAACUUAGGGAGGGGCCAACUGAAAUACGUGGGUCCAGUGGACGCGAAACCUGGGAUGUUUGCCGGUGUGGACUUGCUGGCUAACAUUGGUAAGAACGACGGUUCAUUCAUGGGGAGGAAGUAUUUCGACACAGAGUAUCCUCAAAGUGGGCUUUUUAUCCAGUUGCAGAAAGUGGCAUCACUGAUUGAGAGGGCGUCAAUAUCGCAAAGUUCGAGAAGAACCACGAUGGAGCCGCUAUCGAUACCCAAGAACAGGUCUAUCGCAAGGCUCGCAAACCAGUUCUCUCCCAUGGACGAUCCUAAAUCCCCCACACCGAUGAGAAGUUUCCGGAUCACUAGCCGAAACAGCGUUAACCAACAGACGAUGGAUCAGGAAGCGUCGGACCAUCGUGGUCACCAACCACAAGUACCUGCUCAUGACGAUGGAGACGACAGGAUGGAGGUUGAUUCAAUUAUAUCGUCCGGAAGGAAAACCAACCACAACACCGGUAACGACUGGAAAUUCAACAAUAACCGUACGAAUGAUCACAAUAGCACCGAAGUUUCGAUGGAGUUGCGAGAAGCUCAAUUGACCAUCGAAAAGUUACAAAGAAAACAACUGCACUACAAAAGGCUACUAGAUGACCAAAGAAUGGUCCUCGAAGAAGUGCAACCAACAUUUGAUAGAUAUGAAGCCACGAUACAAGAAAAAGAAAAAGAAAUCGGCGAUCUCAAGCAGCAACUGGAACUCGAACGCAGACAACAGGCCAAACAAAAACAGUUUUUCGACACUGAAAAUGAACAACUGCUUGCUGUCGUAAACCAAUUGCACGAAGAGAUCAAGGAAAACGAGGAAAGGAACCUUGCCCAUAACGAACCCACCGGCGGCGGCGAAGACGUCGAACUCAUGAAGAAACAGGUAGAAAGAUUACACAAUAUAGAAGACCAAUUCGAGUUGCACAAAACGAAAUGGGCCAAAGAGCGCGAGCAGUUGAAAAUGCAUAACGAUUCUCUGAGUAAAGAAUACCAGAGCCUGAGCAGGGAACUAUUUUCGUCAAAACCAAACGAUUCGUCGUCAGAGGAAGUGGCCGUCUUGAGAAAGAGACUUGGAGAGGCUAACGAAAGGGUCAAACAGUUGGAACAAUCCCAAGCACAUUCAGCCGUGGAAUCCUUGCCCAUCUUCGAUCCUCCUGCCCCAGUGGAUUCCACGGCAGGAAGACAACAGUGGUGUGAGCAUUGUGAUGCGAUCGGCCACAUCACGGCCGAAUGUCCACACCGUGAUCCUGAUGACCAGCAGUUCUUCUAA